UAACACUGGCAUGUUUUUUUGAACAUGUUGGAGUUUAGUACGGAUUUGUGUCUGAUCAUAAUGUUAUAUUGCGAAUAAAUAGGAGUUUUUGGAACAUUAUAAAACAGCAGCUCAACUGAAACGAAGCAAUAUGACUGAUAAUCGUCUAGAUUUGAAGGAUUUGGACGUCGAUCCCCCAUCAGAACGGUCAUUAAUGCUCUUUGGCAGAGAUGUUAGCACUAUACCGUGCUUUCGCAACAGCUUUCUCUAUGGUAUCAGCAUUGGCAUGGCUGUUGGAUUUUUAGCUUUUUUGAAAACCUCGCGACCACAGCUCUCCACGCACAUAGGGUUCGGUACGUUUAUGGCUACGACGGUGGGAUACUGGAUUCCAUGCCGGUACAACUGGUCCAAGCAAAAAUUUGACAUGGCACAGAUGCAACGAGCCCUACAGCAGCAGGCUAUAUUCGAAGGUACGGAUAAGGAGCGUGAAUUGGAGGCCAAAACCGAGGAGGCUUAACGUGCAAACGGGUAUUUGAGACGAUCGAUCGAGGGGCUUAUCAUGCACAUCUCGAUAAUCACAUGAAUAUAAAAGUCUUGCAGUAUA